AAAAAAAAAAAAAAAAAAGAAAUAAAACAAAAGCAAACGUAAAAAUCUAUUUUUCUGUGGAACAGAACCCUCGGUCACUCCGUAUCUGAUUGACCUUCGCUUCAGCAGUCUUCUUCUCUGUUGUAGACAUCUCCAGUUCCCCAGGAGCAGACGGCAGAGUAAGAAAGCGCGACGGAGACGUCGAACACCCGCGCGGCCGACGGCAGCCUUCCUAAGCUCUGCUGCUAGACGAGCUGCCUCAGAUUGACGUCCGGCUGCUUGCUCAGACUCAGAGUGACGCGAGCUUCAGACUUUUGAGCCCGAAACCUUGAUUGGAUCAAGACACGGGCGCGAUCUCUGAUCUAUUUCGUUGCUUAUUCGCGAGUCAGUUGGGAGUUGCUUGCAGGAGACAGACUUUAGGGAUCUAAUAGGUUCAAGGCUGAAUUGUGAUGGACAAGGGAAAAGCAAUUAUGGGUUCUGGCCGAAGGUGGGCUGUGGAUUUCAGCGAUAAUUCCCUAGCGCCUUCCUCACGCGACAUCCCCGAUCCUCCGGGUUUCUCCCGCGCAUCCCAAGAACAGGACGAUUCUACUGUUACCAAGCAAAAGAAGGAGGCAGAAGCUAAUUGGAAGGCCCAGAAAGCUUGGGAAGUGGCACAAGCACCUUUCAAGAAUUUGCUAAUGAUGGGCUUCAUGAUGUGGAUGGCUGGAAAUACGGUGCACCUUUUCAGCAUUGGUAUUACGUUCUCGGCACUUUGGCAACCAUUAAGCGCUCUUCAAGGGGUUGGAAAGGUCUUUGAGCCAUACAAGGACAACAAAGUUGACCUCCUUGCGCCUAAGUUAGUAUUCAUUGCCCUAAAUUUAGGGGCUAUGAUUCUGGGUGUUUGGAAGCUUAACACAUUAGGUCUUCUGCCAACACAUGCAUCAGAUUGGGUUUCUUCUCUACCGCCUGCUCAGGAGGUUGAAUACUCUGGUGGAGGCAUUGCAUUCCAUUAAGCCUUUUUUCCACUCUCUAAUUAGCAAGAAAGAACUUUGGACGUUACCGUUGUGGUACCCUAAAUUCGAGCCCGGCGUUGUGAUGAAACUAGACAACAUUCUAUCUCCAGUCAUGUUAGUUUUUACAGUUGGCACUGGGUAAUGUGUCUCUGGGAUGUUACUAUUUCUGUACAUGAAUUGCCUGAAAUCGAAACAUUUUUGUUCCAUUUAGGGUUGUUUCAUGUUUGGAAGUAUAAACAUACCUUACAACAUUAUCACCAUCUUCUCCAAUCUCUUUCCCUAGCUCACUGGACAAUCAGAUCAGACACACUUUCGUGGUCGUUGCGGAUGCGGCCGAACCUACUCUCACUCAGCCAUCUCGCUGAUCGCCAUUGUUGUCUUUGAGCUCAAUCGUUGCUCUUGUACACUGACUGAACAUAAUCGAUAAACAUUAUUAAGUGACCAUUGAAUUUUAACCCCAAAGGCUAAAACUGCAAGUGUUUUUAGCAUUCCG